ACUGUUGUGUUAAUCUAAAAGUACAACAAGUAACUUUGUUAGCAAUAGUUGUAAUCAGCAAUGAAUUUACUAGUGCAUAUAUAUUUGAUACUUUUUAUAUCAAAUCGAGCUGUUCCCCUGAACUUUCCAGUAAUUUCAGAUAUUCAAGAUAUCAUAAGCAUCGCUCAUGAUCUAUCUGAUUUGUCAUCAGGGCAGGUGCCGUUUCUCGGUGGUCUAAUUGACUCAUCAGUUGACCCUACGACUGCCCAAAUACAAAUACUUUCUUUACAAAUAUCGAAAUUAACUGAAUUGUUUAACGUAAAAAUGGAUAAGCUUAUGACUGCUGUGUUAACCAACUUACCGCGUUCGAUUCAAUUAAAUAAUAUCAUGAGCAGAUUAAUCAAUUACAUAACCAGAAUCGACGAAUUGUUUGACGACUAUGGAACAUACGUUCACAAACGAGGAGAAUUCAAUCGCGUCACUAUUGAUAAUUUUAUUAAAAUAACAACGUCACAUGAUUAUGGUGAUGUGCGACAUACACUUAAACAAAUGUAUCACCUUUUCGUACCGGGACAACUAAAUCAAUUCAAUGAGAACAUUCUUGAUCUCUUGAUGCCUGUUUUGAAGGAUAUGAAACCUGAAGAACUGUGUGGAAAAACAAAGUCACAGCAACAAAGGCUCUAUGAUGUUUACGAAACAGUAGUUCUUACCGAACUCAAAGGAUUUAUUAUGACGGUUUAUUCUUAUGGCUUAUUAACGAUAUACACUAAUUCAACUUUUAAUAAUGAAUUGGAUAAAGCAGUCUCAGAACUGGUAUUAAGAUGCAACAAUUAUUUAUUAGUUACCGCACAAGCCAUAGAAAAACUUCCAAGGCAAAUAUUAUUUUGUGAUCCAAAAAGACACGUUUUAGGUGAAACAUAUUUUGAAUUAGAGCGUGCAAUACGACUAAUGAUUAUUCACGAAAGUAUGGUGUCAGAGAAAAUUACUUGUCCCCAAACUUGUGGAGAUAUUGAUACAACUAGGACUUAUCGUGAAUAUAAAUUUGGCGAUAGGAGAAAUUUAAUAACUUGGGCCCCGAAUCGUCCAUGCAAAGGACGUAUGCACUCCUGCCAAGAUAUUGGUAGAGCUAAAUUCUGCGAAUUGCCAGAGUUCUUUAGGAGCCGUUACGCUUGGAUUGAUUCUGGGGUAGGUUUUUUUGGGCCCAGAGACGAUUGUUGGUUAGGAACAGAAGUUGUACUCGAAAAGACCACCCCCACACUCUGGGUGUGUUCUACUUGUCUUUGUCAAUGCUCAGAAAUAAAUGCUGACUCGACAGCAGUACGAGCCAUCAGUUUAAGGCCGCAGUUGUCUAACAUCAAAGACAAUAUGGUAGUGACGGGUUUGAGAUUUGAACUUAAAGACAAUUUCGUUCAUGUGCAAAUCGAACAAGGCAAGUUGAAAAAACUCGGUCAGAUAGACAAAGAUUCUGUUAGUUGGGUGGAACUUGAAGAUUUUGUUUAUUUGGAUGAUGUCUCUGGUGGUGGGUUUGCUAAAAUUGAUGAUGGUAAAGAAAUAAGAAUGGAAGAACAUAAAGAUUUUUCAUUCGUACGUUACGGGCAAAGAGAUUUUAAUCUAGAUGAUAUUUAUGCGCGGGAAAAAGGUUAUACUGUCACCGGAGUACGAUUCAACCGCGAUCCUAAAAACGAAAAAGCGAUACAAUUAGAAGUACACAUCACACCAGCUAAUUUUUCGGAGGGUUUGCUUGUCCCAACGGAGGAUAAUCCGAGUAAAUGGUUGACACCUGAAGAUAUGCCUGGGCGUGACUAUCCUCCUUUUACCCCACGAACGGAGUUUGAUUUGACUAAUAGAGAAGACGCUUCGAAAUUUAAAGAUAAUUUUCCAGAUAUACAAGAUAAUUCACGAGUAUGGUUUACAGUGUCUAACAAAUGGCAAGAAAUUGGAGAAAGUACGAUCCCAUUCUUUGACAGGCAGCUAGUUUCGGCACAUCCGAAAGUUGCAUUGGAUGGUAUAGGAGUUUAUCAUCGUGGCAACAAAAAUUCGGGUGGAUUUCUAAGUUUUAAAAUAUUCACUUUUGAUCUUCCGAAAUAUUUGAACCCGACAAUGACCCCGGAAAAUGUUAAGCUAUUUAAAAAUAGUUUUGAAAAUGCAAUAUUAAAUCAUCCUGUAGAACUUGAGUAAUUGUUAAAAACUUUAUUAUUCUCUUGAAGUAAAUUAGCGAAAUUCACUUGCAAAUAGUAUGUAUUUACUAAUUUUCGCUAAUUUAGUUUUAGAGAGUAUUAAAAGUAUUGUUGUGUCUUAUUACACAUUUAAAGCAAAAGUUUCUGCAAUAUUUGAUCAUUAAUUUUUCAAGAUUUUUGUUCUUAUGUAAUUACAAAUAUUUGAAAUAAAAAAAAAAUAAAUUCAGCAAUUCCAAUAUAAA